GCAAAGGAGGUUCAUUCGGAGACCUCUGCAUUCGUGAGUACAUUCAACGCCGCUAGAGAGACAGGAGAAGGAGCACCUGCCAAGGAUAGACACGGAUAGCACACUUAGGGAUAAUGGGGAUCGAACCCAAGAUCAAAUAAUUGAUACUCCGCCAUAUUUCUAGUGGACGCGGAAAGGGAGCAUGGCCCGUUAAGGUACGUUCCCAGUGGUCGAAGCGCAAAAUGAAUCUAAUAAAGGGGGUGCAUUGACUGUUCACAUAGAAUCCGCAAAAUGGCCGUCGAGUGCACAAAAUGCCAUCUUACAUCCGCUAAUCCAUUCUCCGAGCCCCUUUGCCUCCUCCUCUCCUUACUCCCUUCUCACAUCCCCUAGUCCCUGGGCUCGGCAACCUCAAGCACCCACGACAUGGCUUUCACCAGAACUCGGACGUUGCGAGACGCGGUGCUCAUCCUUCUCGGGGCGACAUGCAUGCAUCUCGCUUCGAAUUUUAUGGGAACGGUCACAGACAAGUUCUCUGGAGAUAUCAUCGUCAACACACACUUCAAUUCUCCUGAUUCGAUUGUAGGAGAAUUGCCAGACGGACCCUUGAAUGCGAACACUAACCCGGACCCUGUCCCUCACCAGGACUUGCUUGUACACAACUUUUCUCCCUCACAGACUCGACCCGACCUUGAUCAUGAAUUCCCCGAGACGACAAUCAUGUCGCACGCACCAGGAUGGACAGUCUUCGAAAACCUCUACAUGUCUAACGGAACACUCUUCAUCGUUAGCUCACACCCGCCUUCAUCCUUCCCAGAUAUCCAGUACAUCACUUCUACAGGUCUAGCAGCAGAAAACACCCCGGAAAACAUCGCUGCCAGAAUGCCAACGUCUGCCAACAUGGACUUCAUCACACCCGAACAAGCACGCGAUCGUUGGGGGCCCUUGGAACCCGAGGGGAAGAACCGCGUCUGGAGCGUCGAAGGGAACACAUUCCUGGUGAAUGACCCCUCCCAAUUCCUCGAUCACUACUAUCACUUUUGCGCAGAGUUGCUGCUUGGCGCGUGGGCAUUUUGGUCAGGGGCCCACGAUGCCAUCGUCGAACCGUACUCACCGCUAGAAACAUCCGCUCCCCCACUUCACCGCGCUAUAUUCGCUCAUGCAGAUGUACAUGGAUGGCGAGACCGUCCAGGAUUCAACUCAUACUUCCUGCGUUCAGCCUUUCCCUCGCUUACCGUUGAGGUCCAAAGCGACUGGGAAGACCGCAUACAAUCUACUUCUGCCUCCGGAAUGCAUGCUCGUGCAUGGCAUUUCGACAAAGUGCUUUUCACCGAUCGGAGUGCUGCGUUUAGAGGACAGGUGUGUGGAACACAGGUUCAACGAACUGCGGCGGAGGCUAUCCAUCAUAUGCACCGCGAAGGGAAUUUGACCAAACUCUGGUGGGAACCCGUACGACGAGCAGUCUUGCGUUUUGGAGGUGUGGAUGAGGACACGUUAGAUGUGGGUUUGAGGGCGGAUGUGAAUGCGAUGGCCCAUGUAAAGAAACCCGAUGGACAGAAGAUUUCUUCCAGUUUGAGUGCGAGGAAACAGGACGUGGUCAUCACUUACAUCUCACGUCAAGGUGCUCGAAGACAUUUGGUCGAAGAAGACCACGAUGCGCUCGCACAGGCUCUGGAGGAUAUGUGUCUUUUGAAAGGAUGGGAGUUGAACAUUGUUAUGGCGGAGCGUUUGACGAAGGACGAGCAGGUUGAGCUGAUCGCGAGGACAACGAUCCUGCUGGGCGUGCAUGGAAACGGACUUACGCAUCUCAUCUUAAUGUCCCCAACCCCGAUCUCAGCUGUGAUCGAGAUGUUCUACCCAGGAGGGUUCGCACAUGAUUACGAAUGGACGACACGCGCUAUGGGCAUGAAGCACUUUGCAGUCCAGAACGACACUUACUUCACGCAUCCGAACCUUCCGUGGGUAGGUUAUCCUGAAGGGUUCCAAGGUACUAAGAUCCCGGUAUAUGCGCCGACUGUGGUCAAAAUUAUUGAGGAACGCGUGGCUGGGUACCUUCCGAACUCUGAGUUGCUCAUGCCUAUCAACCGAUUGGGCGAUUAGAAGAAAUUCCCUUCAGCUCCUCGUUCCUGCUUCGCUGGGAUCACCAACCGAUGUAGUUGUUCCGAUGCAGCCUCACGGCCAGCAUUCUCGUAACAUGCCACUUGCAGACAUUACAGUACCGGUCACUUCACAAUGACUAUGAUACAUAUACACACAUUCCUUUCAUCAUUCCUGUCGUUUUGCCACAUACUUACUUUAUUAUUCUUUUCUUGUACGGACCUUGGGGGUCGUUCAGUGUCCAUCUGUUCACAUCUUGCUAUCUUUAGGUCUUUAGGCGUAGCUAAACUCUUGGAUUCUGCCGUCACAGUUGUACUUGUACAGUUUCCACUUUAUUCGUAUCACAUCCGGGCCAAUGCCAGUUGAGGUAUUCAAGUCGACUUAUGCGUCGUUUGCUUUCAGGUUCGAACUUCAUGUCGACAGGUGCAUUUCAAGUCAGUCUUGAAGCUUGACGAACACAGUUUCUAAAGAAAGCACAAUGAACUAUAUCACAUUGUACUUGAUACAUAUGUAGCCUCCGAUGGAGGAUGUGAAUUGUUGUGAUGCAAAUUGCCUCGUAUCUAUGAACGCUGCCGCCCACU